CGCGAGUUGUUCAUAUGAAACGUAUGAAAUGAACUACGCUCGUUUCGACUCGUUGCUUUAGGAAUCAUGUUCAACGUCGGUUAACGUUAACAAGUUGGAAGUUUCAUUCUGCAGCAACUUUGGCUGGAGGGGAGAGAAGUGGCAGACGUGCAAUCUUGGAGUAAUUCCCUUGUUGGGUGGGCCGAGUGCGGGCAAACAGUGCAAGUCCGACCAGCGCCAUGGGCACCCCCAAGUCUGCCGUCCACCACAUGCAACGAGGCCAUUCAGCACUGAGUUGAGUAGCCCCAUCAUCGUGCCUUCGGUGCCAGGAGGCGCGGCUUCGUAAACGUACUGAGUGCACGCCGCCCAAGCCAAGGCAAAUGUGACGCCGUGUAGGAGCUCAAACGGCAGGGCCAUCCAAGCGCUGGUCAUCACGGCGUAGCAUGUGAUGCGAGCGCCGUAGGCUAAGAUGGACAGCAGCAGCGUGUAUACAAUCCCAAUGCGCUUGACAAUGGACUCCGCGAAAAAGAACGCAGGGAGCUCCGACAACGUCUCCAGCCAAAUCGCUGUACCAACGAUAGUCGUCGAGUUGCCAGACAGUUCGUACAGGUUCAACGAGAUGAACGACGCGAUAACACCGACCAUAAUCCCCAUGAGCAGAACCACAACAAGCAGCAGCAUGAGGUCGGCUUGACAACACACAUAGCGCAAGCUGUGCGCAAACGACGAUGGCAACGCGGAAGGAUCGGUGGGGUGAUCAUGGUGAUGGGGUUUGGGGGCUGGAAGGAAACUCAACGCAUAGAGAUUGGGGACGAGGAGGAUCAAGUGGAGGUGGAAGGCCCAGGAGAUGCCAUAGGCAUUCACGACCAAGCCCGUGCAGAAUGCACCAACGCCCCAUCCUAUGGCCCCAAAGAGCCGCUGCUUACCGUAUUCCCCUCCCACGCGCUGAACGAGGGCCAUCACUGCUUGAUCCAUGAGCGAGGCCGUGGGGUUCAUUUGAAAAUUGGCCAAGAACACAACCAAGCAAGUGACGGCGAAGCUGCUGCUUGUGAAUUGAAUCACGUACAUCAACCCCGUGCCGGAAACCAGGCAAAUGAUGUGCACCCAGCGCUGGCGGCCGACCAAGUCCGCCACAGCACCCCAGAGCGGCGGGGCAAGCAUCGAACACACGCAUGGAAUGGCGGCAAGAACGCCGAUUUGAAGCUUGUCGAAGUACGCAUUGUAGAAGACGGGUAGGUAGAUGACGAUGGUGCUGAGUGCCAGCCAGCUGAUUGUGUUGGUAACUUUGGCGGGCCAAAGGUCAUCUGGCAUGUUGCCUGUCAU